AGGCAAGAGAGGAGAAGAAAGAGAAACCAGGGGGGGCGAGGCGCCGUCCAAUGACAAAGCCCAGGGGUGGGCGCCGGCCGCCAUCUUGUACCGGGCGGCAGUACAUUCACCCGAGUCCUCCGCCCUCGGAGGGGGAGGGGCGGCGGCGGAGGCGAGAAAAGUAGAGAGACGCGCCGGGCAGAAGGCGCCAGCAGCGGCGGCCGCCGCGGAGCCGGACGCGGGGAGGGACCCGAAGAGCGCAGGCGGCCCCGAGCGGCCUUCGAUGCGGCGCAGCGUGAAGAGGCGGCGGCGCCGGCCCCCGGCCGCCCCGGUUGCGGCCGCCCGGGGCGGCGGAUUUAGGGCUGGAGGAGGGGCCGGGCUGGAGGCACGGGAGGAGAAGGUGGUGUACUCGCGCUCGCAACUGUCGCUGGCCGACAGCACCAAGGCGCUGGGCGACGCCUUCAAGCUGUUUAUGCCCUGCAGCACCGAGUUCAUGAGCUCGGACGCGGAGCUCUGGAGCUUCCUCUGCAGCCUCAAGCACCAGUUCUCCCCGCACAUCCUGCGCAGCAAGGACGUCUACGGCUACUCCUCCUGCCGGGCCCUGGUGCCCGACCCCCCGGCGCUCCCCGCCGCCCGCGGCCAGGCGCGCCGGCUCGGCUCGCGCUCUGCGGCCAGGAGGAGGCGCCGCGGAGCGCGGGCGACGGCCGCCCGCAGAAGGAAGCCCCCGCCGCCGCCGCCGCCGCCGCCUCUGCCGCUGCCGCCCCCGGCCCCCGAGGAGAACUGCCCGGUCAAGCCUGUGACCCCCGGGCCCUGCUUCGGGGGCCGCACCCUGGAGGAGAUAUGGAGGGCGGCCACCCCGACGCUGACUACCUUCCCCACCAUCCGCGUCGGCAGCGACGUGUGGGGCGAGCGCAGCCUGGCGGCGGCGCGGCGCAGAGCGCGCCAAGUCCUGCGAGUGAACCUGGAACCCACGGUGAGGCUUCGCCGCUUCCCGGUGCCCCGGGCGUGAGCGCGGCCUCGAGGGCGCCUCCUGCCGGUCCCCGGCCCCGGGACUGCGCUUCCGCCCGGAGCAAUGAACAAGUGUCAGUCGAGUGUUUACAGAUCCGGCCAGGACCCUGUCCCCUAGUGCACUUUACGCGCGAAGAUGUCGCCGGAUGGUUUUCCCUGCCCCUCGCCGGCGGGACGCUGCGCCGCGGUCUGGGACUCCCCGGCAUGCGUGCCCUCUGCUGCUUCGGCACCGGGUCUGCGGAAGGAGGAGACAGCUGGACCCGCGGCGGGGAAGCUCCCUUCAGUUCCUACCCCCAGAUUGAGACGUCUCCAGUACUAUAGGGGCAGAUCCGUGUUCUCCCUUUUGGACUCUACCUCAUUGGUCUGGAAGUCCUCUGAAAAAGUCGUUAUUUUUCCAAAGGAAUUUGGUUUUGUGCUUGUGUAAUAAAGCCAGAAUAUACUUGCUCGUUAUCCCUCUCCACCUUUUUCUUUUUGACUGCCACCCCUCUUUCUGGACGGAAAAUCGAACAUGUUUUGUGGUGUUGCACUAGUUUGUGCUCAGGGUAUUCUGAAUCCCACCCGUUACCUAAUUUUUACUGGAUUCCAAAGCUUUGACCAAGAAUAUUUUUUAAAAGGUUCAAGCUUGUGAUUGUUAGUAGUCCAAGGAUUUGUAUGGCUUUGAAUUUCAUGGGCUCAGUGAUUAGAAACAAAGAGAUGCAAAGUACAACUGUUUAAACAUUUUUAAGGUGUUUCUAAAAAUUUUAUAUUGAAAUUUAAUGUUUAUAUUUACUGAGCUCCUAAAGAAAAUGGUAUAAUGCACAUGUAAAGUUUUGCUUGGGAAAAGUAGAGUUGUUAAACUUUUUAAUUGAAAAAAAUUAAAGUGCAUUGAAACUACAUGGCAUGUGAUAGACAAAAAUAAAUAAAUAAAUUGUGAAGACUGGUGUUGGUUAUAGGAAUGGCCGGAAUCCUAUUACAGAUGAUUUGGCCCUAUGGUCUAACAUAAUAUCCAGGAAUAGUUAUUUUAAGAUGAGAGUUGCAUAGGAGAGAUGCAUGUGUGUAAACAUUGUGAUUAAUUAAAAUGACAAACAGAAUACCCAUUAUAAUUUUCAGAAUUAUUGAUGAUCUAGAGGGGUGAGGGACAUUUCUUGGUAUCAAAUACCUGGUUGAAGUAACUUUGGGCAAAAUAGAUCUCUUUACUUCCUUCUUUGUUUUUGUUGUUGGAUAACAAGAAAUAUCUGGACUAAUAUUCAUCACUUUUAUAAACAUCAUGACAAUUAGUUGACUUUUUUUGUACCAUGAUUUUUUUCUUUUUAAUCUUUCCAUUCAUACUUAAGUUUUGCAGUUCUAGGUCUUUGUUUGACAGCCGAAGACCACAGGAAUCAAACAGGCGAGCCACACAGAAUACUGACCUUCUUUUAUAAUAGUGUUUAUACCAUAUGGCCCAGUAUGGAAUUCUUGAUUAACCAAGUGCCUUUGGUCGUUGAUGGCAGCAAGACUUGAUAGUUUUUAGCCAGUGGUGCCACAGCCAGCUUUUAUUGCAAUACCUAAAGAGUCAAGUAGUGUUUUUGUACCACUGUUAUUUCAAGUUUAAGUAUUCUGCCAUGGAACGAUCCAUACUGGGCUGGAACUUGACGUGUGUAAUCCUCAAUGCUAAGGUUUAUCUCUGCUUGGCAGCUUCUUAGGAGAAUAAUGAGAAUUGCAAUUUUGACUUUCCUAUUCCUAGAAUUCAAAUGGCAUAGCUUUCUGAAAUAAAUUUUUCAAGUUUAAUAGUCCACAGUAGCAGUGUUGUGACUUUAAUUUCAGUGUUUUUGUUUUAUAAAUAUAUAUAUGACUUUAUGCCAGUUUCCUACUAAGCUCAUUCUUUUAUUCACUACUCAAUGAUAAUGCAUUGUUAAAACACUGUCAAAUGAGUCAUAAAAAGUGAAUAAUUACUUAGAAGAUGGAUAGUGUUAAAUUAUGUAUGUGUGAUAGGAAGCUUAGAAAUCAUCUUUUGGUUGUUACCUUCCUUCCAUUGCCAGUGUUAUUUCAGAUACAUAGGGUUUUCUUCCCCCAAAUAUAUUAACUUUUAUAGCUAACUAGCAGCUGGAAAAAAACCAUAUUUAUACCACUUCACUAUUGUAUAUAGUUUUAUAAUGAUUAAAAAAUAAAUCCGAUGGCCAUAUUAGAAUGUAAUUUCAACCUAUAGCUUACACAGAUAGUUUCCCAGAGGAUUUUGAAAUUAGGCUUAGCUGGGAAGAUAACUUUUCAGCACAUAACUGAAACAUAACCAUUGACACCAAUCAUUUAUUUUUACUGAGAUUCUUGACAUUUUUUCCUCUUAUGCCUUGUUACUUUAGUGCACUUGAACUCACAUAAAUACUUCUUUGGAUUAUUUGGGCAGUCUGAUUUUAGUUUGGAUCUGAUUGCCCAUCCUAAAUUCAAUAUGUUAUUCAUCUGAGCUUAUUUUUGAAAAAAGAAUGCCAUUUCUCUUGUGAAAUAAGAUGUAAAAAUAUUUUUGCCAAGUGUUCUUUUGCAAACCUGUGUUACAACUUCUAAAAUGUGAAGAAACAUCUAAUAUAGUUGACUAGUUUAGUCAUAGAAAAGUGAACGUAUUCUAUAGGUACCUUGGGGCAGAAUGUGAAAAGAAACUUGGCACAGUGGCCUUUAUGGAGAGGCAUCCAUUUACCUUCCUCUAAUGGGAGUCUGAAGCUUAGCUUGUGUAUAGUUUUUAAGAUAACUCCAUAAUCUUUAUUCAUAUUCUCUUAAACCUUCUUUCAUAUCUCAUAUGGCACAAGUAGAGGGGGAAGCUAGGAGGAAAUCUAUCACCUUGCUAUGCUUUUAUUGAAUUUUUAACUCUUGAGUGCCUAAAUGUGGUGACUGGCACCUCAGUAACCUUUUGAGAUUCCUGAUGUCAUUUUUAUCCUUCUUCCUAUCAACCAGCAACUUAUUUUUUCGUUACUAUAACCAGUAACGACAUGAUCGUUGAGGGCAAGCUUCCUUGUUGAUAGUACAAAGUGUCGCUGUUGUGGUGUGUAUUUAUUUUGUCCAAGUUUGAGUACCCUAUUGGACAAGUGUAACUUAAACUGGUGAUUGACAAUUUGCUAUGUGUAAAUGAUAGUACUAUUUUUCAGAAAACUUUAAAAAUAUUUGAAUACAGAAAAUCCGAGCAAAUUUUGAACUCAAAAUUUGUUAUUUUAAGGGUUGCCACAACACUCUUUCAACUGGUGGUUUUUAAUGGACACAUGCUUUAUAUUUACUUUACUGGUGCAUUUAAAAUAUUUUUUGAUAGACUGUUUUGUCUUAAGUGCAUUAGAAAGCAAUUGUUUGUAAUGGAACCGAAGUGUUUCCUGGACAGUUUGAUGUGCAUAUGAUUAAGAUUUAUAAUCUGGUUGUACUUUGCUUUUUAACUUAUUAAUUGUAAAUAAAUUUUAGAGAAUACACAAAGUCUAAUUUCUCUAAUGAUGUUGAAAAUUUUCGAUAUGGGAUUUUAUGUUUGCAUGUGAAUCAGAAGACAUCUCAAUGUGCAAUUUGAUAAAGUUUGACUGUUUUGUAAACUUCAAACUCUUGGAAAUCUCAAGAUUUGUGUUUUGUGUUCCAUUGGUUCUUUAUCUAGUGAAUCUCGGACAGUGCUUCAAGCCUAAGGCUUUACCCAAUUUGCCAGCAAUGGAAGCUAUUAAAAAUGUGUUAAAACUCAGGGCUUUGGAUCUUGACCCCGAGUCUCCUUACUAGUGGUGAUGACAAAAGGUCUGAAGCCCCCACCACCACCACCAUUCUUUUAUAUAAUGAGAAAGUCAGAAUAGCAGCAGUAGAGGCUGCUGGAUGGGAUAAGAGUAGGGCUAGAAUUCUCAUUGUAGUCCACAAGGCAGAAGUGAAGGAAACUCUGCAGCAGGGACGGGAUUCAUAGUACCGGGUAGCACUGUCUUUGUACCUGAGUUCCUCUUAGUAGUUGGGGACCGCAUAGCGUGGAAUUGAAGUGGCUGGGAUGGAAUUAGGCCUGGCUUCCUGACUUGGCAAGCCUGGGGACUGUAGGUAAAUUACUUAAACUCUUUGUGCUUUUAGUUUCCUCAACUAUCACCUGUGGUUAGUAAAAGAAAUUAUUGGGCUAUUGUAAGAACUGAAUGGGAUAUUCAUCCUAGGUAGAUAAGAAGUACUUACUUACUAAAUGCUCUUGGAGGUGUGUGUGCUGAGGAUAAGGAUAAAUGUUGAGAGUGGUCUGUGGGGAGUUUAGCUGUCCAGCUUUCUCAGCAUCCCUAGAAUAGUGUGCAGACUGGGAAAGCUAUAAGACAAAAGAAGGUAAUUUGUGGGAGAAUUUAACUGAGAAUUUAAUAUAACAUAAAUGAUAUACUUUUUUUAGCUUGCUGACUACACAGCAGAAGGUUGGAUUAAGUUGAUUUAUUGCCAUUUUCACUGUUAGAGGUUUUUAAAAAAUUUGGCCUUUUUUUGUUAUAUCUCUGAAAGGCAUUUAACAUGUGCUAUGUAUUUUCAACUAUCUGAGGAUUUAUAUAAUCUAUAAAUAGAUUAAGGUUAUUGAUCCAAGAACUAGCAAAAAUUUUACACUAAAUUUUCACUUGGAGUAAGAACCAUCUUCAUUUACAUGCACAGAACCAAGCUGGAGUUAGUUUGAUUGAAGUCUGUAUUUCCAGGGUUAAAGAAAACAAAAUGAGCAGAAAAUUAUUACUAAAAGGAAAAAUGUUCUCCUAUUUCAAGCACUGACACAAUCAUUUUUAGAUGUCAGAUAUACAGCCUAUAAUUUAACUCUAAUUCCUCUUAGCACAAAGACCAGCGGAACACACUGUAAGCUGGUGAGCAAGCCACCGUUGUAGUGUCUGAAGUUGCCACAAAAGAAUUUCCUGGAAAAGCAUUAGCUGGAAGUCAUGCAGAAGCGAGAAGCUCAAAAUUGAGCCUGAUGGCAGAUUUCACAAAGCAACGCCUUCUCACUGGCAGGGCUCUCUUUGGUCUUGGUAAAUGUUGUUCUAAACCAUGAUCUAUAACUUGAUAAACAUAUCCAAAGCCCAAUUAGAAGGUAAUGAUCAUAAUAACAUCAAAUGAAUUGAGGUCAGCAAAUGUGAACAAAUUUCUCCUGGACUCAAGUCUGGACUUUACUUAGCUUCUGAAUGCAUGCAUAGAAAAGUUCAACUGAGAUUCUUCCAAGUAGUAAAUUGACUGUGAAAUGUAUUUCUCUCUUCUAAGACUUUUUUCAAGUACAUAUUCUUUAACUUUAAAUGUUUAUAAAGAGCAUAGAAAACAGGGUAUGACUUAGGCUUCUGAAUCUCACAUAUUACAAGAAUUAUUAAAGCAAAAAUAUGUGUAUAGAAAGUAUACAUAUGUGUACAGUUUGAUGAGUUUCCACAAAUUUAAUACACUCAUGGAACUAGUGCUGGGAUUUGAUUUUUAGAAAACUCAGCUUUGUUAGUACCCCACAAGUCCCCCCAUGUCCCUGUCAGUCAUUACCUGCACACCCUCCCCUCAAGAUAACCAACCAUUAUUCUGACUUCUUACAGCAUAGAUAACUUUUGCCCAUUUUUUGGACUUUGUAUAAAUGAAAUUACAUGUCAGGUGCCUAGCUUCUUUCACUUGAAAUUAUGUUUUUGAGAUUCAUUCAUAUCAUUGCAUGUACUGUAAUUGAAGAUCAUUUAUUCUCAUUGAUGUAUAGAGUUCCAUUGUGUGAAUAUUCUAUGCUAUUCAGUAUUUAUUCAACUCUUGAUGGGUGUUUGGGUAGACUUCAGUUUGGGACA